AUGGAGCUUUUGAGAUUUAUGUACUGUGGAAAGUUAAGAACAGCUGAGCCUGCUAUUCUGCUAGACAUCUUGAUGGUUGCCGACAAAUUCGAGGUUCCUUCUUGCAUGAGGGAUUGCAGUCAGUUGCUCACAAGCUUGCCCAUGACAACAGAAUCUGCGCUGCUCUACCUAGACCAUCCAUGCUCCAUUUUAAUUCCAGCUACUGUUCACCAUUUGAUAGUUGCAGCCAAGGAUUUCCUUGCUAAAAAAUACAGUGAUGUGCAUAAGUUCCAAGAUGAAUUGAUGAACAUGUCACUUGCUGGGAUUGAAGCCAUAUUUUCAAGUACUGACCUACAUGUAGUAAAUGAAGACUGCUUAUACCGCCUGUUGCUCAAGUGGGCCCGUGCGCGGUACCCAGAACUGGAAGAAAGACGUAAGAUCUUGAGUUCUCAUUUAAUUCCGCUGUUGCGCUUCAGCCACAAAUGA